AUAAUAUUAAUAGAAGGACCCCGAAGUUAGCUUGACUGUCUCUUGGUCGUCUGCCCAUCCACCACCCUUAAGACAGCAUGGGCAGAAGCAAAGCCAGUCGAGUUGGCAACAACGAGCACGAUAGUUCUCUGCAACAAUAUAACGAUACUGAUGGCCAUUUCUCCCUAGUCAGAAACUUCCGUCUAGCUGAUCUUGUUACCAUUAUGAAUGGUGUCUGCGGCUCUUUCUCGAUAUUUUCAUCCGCACAGUACCUAUUGACGAAUGACGACGAUUACUUGAUGUGGGCACUUGCACUCCCACUGGCCGGAUUAAUGUUCGACUUCAUGGACGGUAAAGUUGCGAGGUGGAGAAAAUCAUCAAGUAUGCUCGGCCAAGAACUCGAUAGUCUUGCAGAUCUGGUAUCAUUCGGUGUUGCACCAGCCGUGGUUGCUUUUGCUGUGGGCCUUCGGACAUACCUUGACACCGUAUGUUUGACUGGUUUCAUAUGUUGUGGUCUCGCUCGUCUUGCCCGCUUUAACGCAACUGUUGCGUUGAUUCCCAAGGAUGCAACAGGCAAGUCCAGGUACUUCGAGGGCCUUCCUAUCCCUUCGUCUCUCGGACUCGUUGCGAUUCUGUCAUACUGGGCUCGACGAGGUUGGGUUGAGGGCAAACAGGGGAUACCAGGAGGUCUCAUUACGUUGUGGGGAACACCAGGUGGUCGGGGGGACAUUCACCCUGUCAGUGUUAUUUUUGGGUUAUGGGCAGCCGCUAUGGUCAGCAAAACCCUUCGAGUUCCAAAGUUGUGAUGUUGGGUGGUGACUUUUUUACUACUCCUUGUUUGAGCACAUUAUGAUAAAGCACGGACACUACACUAUAGGCAUAUAGUAUUAGGAAAGACUACUUACUUGACCCUGAUAGUGCGCGCCCUGCAAACGAUUUUUUCAUGCCGU